AUGUACACGACCCGUACAGCCCUGGAGAGAGACGGAAAUACGAGAUCUUUAUAUGUUGGAGAGAGAUGGAAGAGAUGCUGGGACUCCGCCCUCAAUAGCCUGUUCGUGUAUUGGUUUCCAUUCCACAACCAUCAGUCCUCAUUCGAUAGUCAUUACAAGAACAGCUUAAUUAGUCCAACAGUGUCAGUGAUGGACUACGAACAGACAUACAGUAUAAAGAACAACUAUGAGUGCAAGAACUACGAUUACGAGAAACGGCAAGAAGAAUACUACGAUAAGAACUACAGACUGAAGUUUGAUGAGCACCAGAAUAGUCUUAACACGCCGUUUCUUGUUAAAGAUAUAUUGAAUAUAAACCAGACGCCGUAUUACGAGAGGAAUGAUGUGUGGAAGAUUGAAAGGAGGAAUGAUUGUGAACCACAUCAGAACCAAUACUGCCAGGAAUACUUCAGCCAAAUGUACCCUAUACCAGUGACAAACACCGAUCAAUAUUGGACACAGGAUAUGCACGAAACUAAAAUAGAAGAUUACUACAAUUACAAUUACAAUCAUAAUAUAUAUCACCAGAAUCAUGAAUAUUCUGAACUAACUCCACACGUGGAAAUACAAGGGAAGUUUCAAGAACUGGAAAGAGAAUCCCAACCGCCGGGAAUUGGUCUGAAAAUCGGGGAAAAAACAAUACAACAGCUCGAACCAGAAACGACAGCUUAUACGGACACGCUACCCAAAUAUCCAGCCAUCGCUAGAAAACAAGCAAAGCAAUGCAAACCGGAACGCAAAGAGAGGAAUAUCAAACGAAAACCAAGGAUUUUAUUCUCACAAACACAAGUACACGCGUUGGAAGUUAGAUUCAUAGCGCAGAGAUAUUUGACAGCGCCAGAGAGGGAACAGCUCGCUAAAACACUAAACCUAUCGCCUACACAAGUGAAAAUAUGGUUCCAAAACCGAAGAUACAAGAGCAAAAGAAUCAAAUCGCCAGAAGUAUCAACAUCUACAGACGCCAAACCUAUCAAAAACAUCGGCAGGAAAUUAUAUAGAACAGAAAACAGAGAUUUGAGAUGCACAUACAAGGAAAGCGAGAGUUUGGAAAGUGAAUUAACUUCUACCAUAUAUUUCGAUGAUAGCGUCACUUAUAAUAAUGAAAAAUAUUACACACAAGAAGAACUACCAGGGACCUAUCAGAAAUACAAAAACGACGGCUACAAAGAAAACGAAAUAAAAAAGUUCAAUACAAACUAUAUAUGUUGA